AUGCACCGAUCGCACUCCUUCACAGGCGCGGCGAACCCGCAUAGGCAUCUCCUGCACAGAAUAGAACACCCGCUACUGUCACCCUCGGCCUCGGCGAAUCCCCCGCUAGCCUUCGUCCUCUGCACUGUUUCGCUCUUCCCAAUCGCGUCGCUAAAGGGCCGCCAGUCGCUAUUCGCAUGGCUGCUGAUCGCGUCGUCUCUCACGUGCCUCUUUUUCUUCUCCGGCUUUAAUCGCCUCCACCUGCGCGUCCGCUCCGCCACCUCCGCCGCCUCCUCCCGCGCCACCCCCGCGCCGCUGCCUCCGCUCACCCGCGAGGAGUAUUGCGCGUCCCCGCCCGCUGCGCGGAGCGCCUCGCGCGGAGAAGCUCCGGAGUCGGUGCUUCGUGGGUGGUCGGAGGGGAGCAGCGCCGACGGGCCUGCGCGGCUCCGGGGAAACUCCCCGAGGGGUGCGCCAUCGAGCAGAGCGAUGGACGCCGUUGGGGGGAUGGGAGAACGGCAACAAGGGAAGGCCCCGAUCUGCUCAAAGUGCAGAACGCUCCAGUCCGUCCUCAAGGCGGCCGUGCAGUCCGCUAUUAGCGCUGCUGCCGCCACCAACGGCGCUUCUGCAGGCGGCGGGGGCGGCAUGACCAUCGCCGACGACAUGGCGGCGGCGGGCGGGGAGUUCGCGGAGGACGCGGAGUCGGCGUCGCCCGCGCAGCUGCUGGCGCGCGCCGCGCGGCGGUCCGUGAUCGUGGUGUCGUUCAACGAGGCGUGGGCGCCCAUGAUGCGCUUCUUCCUCGCGCGCCUGCGCGCCGUCGAGCGCGCGGAGCGGAGCGCGCGCGAGCAGAGGAAGGCGGAGGGGGAGCGAAGGGGAGGAGAGGAGGGGAGGGGCGGAGUUAAUAUCCGGACGCGCGCAGGGGUUGAAGGGAUGGAGAGGGAAAGCGAGCGGAGGACAGCGGAGAGGUAUCAGACCGCGGGAGAUGGAGACGGGGAGGGGGAGGCGGGGGCGGAAGAGGGCGCGUAUAGCUCUGCGCUGGGUGAGCUGGUGGCGCGGCUGGUGGUGGUGGCGUACGACGACGCGAGCUUCGAGGCGUGCUGCGCGAUGGGGCUCAACUGCUACAUGGACUGGCAGGAGGACGCUCCUCACAGAGAGGACCUGGGCGGCGGACAGAAACACUUCAUGACGCGCGCUUAUAUACACCUGGUGUGGUGCAAGCAAGGUGGCAGUGGAGGCGAGCAUGCUGGGCUGGGCUACCACGCGCUCUUCACCAACUCCCACAUCCUCUGCCCGUCCCCAUCACCCAUGCCUCGAAUCUCUCACACACACCGUCCUCCCCUUGUGCUGUUGCAUCUCGGAUUCGCCAUUGCCACUGCCGUAAAGGUGUGGUGCAAGGUGGCGGUGGUGGCGAGCAUGCUGUCGCUGGGCUACCACGUGUGGCGCAAGGUGGCGGUGGUGACAAGCAUGCUGGCGCUGGGCUACGACGUGCUCUUCACGGACUCCGACAUCCUCUGGCUGCGCAACCCGCUGCCGCUGCUCUGGCGCCGCCCACACGACCUGCAGAUGUCGGCUGACUGGUGGUCGCCCAACCCGCGCUCCGUGGUGGCCAACGGCGGGUUCUAUGCCGCCCGGGCCAACACGCGCACUCUGCGCUUCUUUCAAGACUGGCUCGCAUGGCACAGGAGGUGCCCGCAGUUCCGCAUACAGCAGGUGUUCAACUGGACCCACCCUGUGCCCGCAGUUCCGCAUACAGCAGGUGUUCAACUGGACCCACCCUGUGCGGGAUUAUCAAUGUGCCCACAGUUCCGCAUACAGCAGGUGUUCAACUGGAUCCGCCCCGAGGCCAACCCGUUCACGCGCGUGGGCUCGCGGCUGCUGCUGCGCUACCUGCACAGCAACCAGUUCGGGGGCUUCUGUGAGAUGGGCCACUCGCUCUCCUCGCUGCUCACCGUGCACGCCAACUGCUGCCCGGGGCUCGGGAACAAGCUGCCCGUGCUCAAGCAGCUCGCGGCUGACUGGGACUUCUUUUCGGCGCUGCCCGUGGCUGCCCGGGAGGGGUUGGAGGAGCGGGGUUUUGAGUGGAAGGGGCGGAACUGCUCAACGAACUGGAACACGCUGCCCCGCGACACCCCCGUGGAAUCUUCUUAA